UUCUCUUGCUGGUUGUAACCGCUGCUCAAGGAACAGUCAGCCGACACACGGAAUUGUUUUGCUGCGCGAUAAACCGGCGGGGCUUCAGCAUCAAGAAAACGCCACCAUGUCUCGAGAGACUGGAAGCGAAGUGCAGCAGUCUCAAGGUGCCCAGCAGUCCCAGAGCGGGGCCGGUUCCUCUUCCAGUGGGUCUCAGAGCACCAGCCAGUCUUCCUCCAGUUCUGGGACCAUCAGUUCCUUGGACACAGUUCCCACUCAGGAGCUUCCGUCAAUCCCUGAGGACCAGGAAUCUGAAGAGCUUGUUCCUCAGCCUUGGGGUCGUCUUUUUGCACUUGGAAAAGGUUUCAGCAAUUAUGACUGUGUGAAUGAUGAAUACUGGUUUGGAAGAGACAAAAGCUGUGACUAUAGUUUUUCUAAGCUAGGAUUGUCUGAGACUGGCUUCUACCAAAACUACAGCAAGAAGCAUUUCCGAAUUUUCAGGGAAACGGGUCCAAAAAAUUCCUAUGUUGCCUACAUUGAAGACCACAGUGCAAAUGGAACUUUUGUUAAUAGAGAGCUCGUUGGAAGAGGGAAGAGGCUUCCCCUGACUCACAACUCUGAAAUUGCACUGUCUGUACAGACUAAUAAGGUGUUUGUAUUUUCUGAUCUUACGGUGGAUGAUCAGUUAGUGUUUCCUAGAGAACUCAGAGAGAAAUAUAUCAUGUCGAAGACUUUGGGAAGUGGUGCCUGUGGAGAAGUCAAACUGGCCUUUGAGAAGAGCACUUGUAACAAAGUUGCGGUGAAGAUAAUCAAUAAACGGAAGUUCAUGGCAAGUGGAAUUAGAGAGGCAAACCCAGCUUUUAAUAUCAAUACAGAAAUUGAAAUUUUGAAGAAAAUAGAUCAUCCUUGCUUAAUCAAGAUCAAAAACUUCUUUGAAGCAGAGGAUUACUACAUUGUUUUGGAACUGAUGGAGGGUGGAGAAUUGUAUGACAGAGUGUCAAGGCCAGUCAAGAUGAAAGAAGCUACCUGCAAGUUGUAUUUUUAUCAGAUGCUGCUGGCUGUAAAGUAUCUUCAUGACAAUGGAAUUAUACACCGAGAUCUGAAGCCAGAGAAUGUGUUACUUUCAUCUUCUGAAGAAAUAUGUCUUAUAAAGAUUACAGAUUUUGGACAAUCCAAGAUUCUUGGAGAAACUUCUCUUAUGAAAACAUUAUGUGGUACUCCCACGUAUCUUGCUCCUGAGGUUCUAAAUUCACUUGGGACUGCUGGAUACAGCCGAGCUGUGGACUGCUGGAGUUUAGGAGUUAUUCUUUUUGUAUGCUUGUGUGGAUAUCCACCAUUUAAUGAGCAAAAUACUCAACUAACUCUGAAAGAUCAAAUCACUCGUGGAGAAUACACGUUCAUUUCAAAAGAAUGGAAGCACGUAUCAGACAUGGCUCUGGAUCUUGUGAAGAAGCUGUUAGUGGUGGAUCCAAGCAAGCGUCUUACAACAGAAGAAGCCUUGGAGCAUCCUUGGCUCCAGGACGAGGAUAUGAAGAAUACAUUUCAACACGUACUUGAUCAGACACGUGCCAAUAUGAAUCCACCACAAACAUCAAAAAUGCCAACUACAACAAGGAAGCGUCUCCAUGAAAAUGAGGAAGAAUCUGGCUCUUCUAAGCGUGCUAUUCCUUCUACAUCAUUUCAGAAAAUGAGCUUAGGCAUGGAAAUAAUUCUUAGUCCUCACAGAUGAAAAAGGAGUACUAGUUUGCUGAGCUUUUGCCUCAGACAUAGUAUAUUACCUGACACAAACGCUGCACACAGACUUCUGAGGACACAAUAUUCAGUUCUGAUGUAAAAUUACUGAUGGAGCUUGAGGUGCUCUGGACUUCAGGUAAAGCUUAAAUACUAAAUACUGGGCUGGCAGGCUCAGCAGUGUUGUGAUCUGUGAAGUGGCCGAUAGGCUUUCAAAGCAGAAGCUCCCAUCUGCAUGUAGUUUCUAACAAGUCUCUUCUUGAAAAGUGUGUACUGUAUUUACUUCCCUUAGGAUGACUAAGAGGAAACCCAGUAACAAGUGAUGUAAGGAAGUUCCUGCUCAAGAAGAACCAGGAAUUGAACCGAGAUAAACAAUUUUUAAUUUGCUUGUCUGUUAAGUGAAAAUUUUGGACUGUGUGCCUCUUACUAAAGGAUAUUAUUUUCAUUAUUGACUAAGAGGGAGCAAUUUAUUAACUGUGUUCUAAAACAUGCAUAUUCUGGUUAAAUGCAUUUACUGCGAAUUGAUUUGGA